CUAUGAGUGCCUCAUUUGCUUUUCCAGCAGGUACAGUGGACAUUACCUGGUGCACAGGUCACAUUCUGUUUGUCAGCUGAGUGGACUACCAAUACAGAGAGUUUCACAGUUCUUGGAAACCCAGCCUCUCCACUAUUUUAUGUUUAAAUCAGUACCGACAAGGUUAAACAAACAUGUACCCAAGGAUCAAUUAGCUGUAUUUUCACUGCUGUGUUUAUUUAAGGGUUUUGACGUCAUUCUAUGCAUUACAAUUAUUGUCAUUAUGUGGAUUGGUCUCACUCCAGUCACAUGAAAGAAUACAAUCCUUAUUACAUUAUCAAUUAGCCAUGUCUAAAAAGUGUACUCUAUUGUGCUUAUUUUGGACUGAAGAAAACUUUUAACUUUGGUAUAAACCAAGUCAAAGUUUUGAAAACUUUAAGCUUUCUGCAAAUCACACAACCAUAGCCAGGAAAGCUAUAAGUUUGGUUGUCAAUUACUGAAAAUAGUUAUAUUGUUAGAUAAUAUGCGCAAUUGUUGAGAUACUUCCAUUGCAGAUGUGUAUGACUUUCUUCUGCUGAAUACGAAGAGUUUUAGAAGAAUAUUUCAGCUCUGUAGGUCCAUAAAAUGCAAGUGAAUGGUGACCAAAACUUUGAAGCUCCAAAAAGGACAAAGGCAGAUAAAAGUAAUCCAUAAGACUCCAGUGGUUUAAUCCAUGUCUUCUAAUCAUGAUCAUGCCUAGAGUCUGCAAUAGCAGAUAUACCGGCAAAAAAAAAAAAAAAUGUUAUAUUUUAGUUUGUUCUCACCCAAAAUCGCUAAGAUCGCUUCAGAAGACAUUGACCACAUUUGCAUGGAUUUAAGAAAAUGGUUUAUUCCAGGGUUUUUACAGAAAGUGGUGUUCUGAAAUGUCAUAUAAACAAGUCAAAUUUACUUACGUUUAAGGGAUUAAGAGAAAGCGGUUUAAAACACCUAGGUUUCUCCUGUAGUACACAACUUAUGCGGCUAUGUAAACACAAGCGGCGUUCUAACAGGGUUUUGAAGAGAGCACAUGUGCAUGAACAGACCGGAUAACAAAUGCCAUAGGAUGGAGCCCAGCAACAAGUCAACAAAGCGGAAAGAAUUGAACAUUUCGGGGACUAAAGUGGGAAAAGCACAGACGCUAUAAACUGCACCCAUUUAUACACACCAAUGUAAAAUAUCGACGGUCCCUCACAUUCGCUUAUAUGCGCUCACCCAUUUGGGGAAUCCCAGAGUUUUGCAUAAGAGGAAAUCCCAUUAUUGCAGCGCAAUUCUGCUGCAGGUCGUCAUAGUAAGUUAAGGAUACAAACACAGCAACAACUAUGGAAUAGAAAUAAAGCAAAGCAACAGGAUAUAAAAUGGUGAAGUCUUCCUUGUGUAAAUAACAAACAUGGUAUCCAAGGAUUGCGGGGGAAUUACAUUGCUGUGGAGAAAGCUGAUUAAUGACCGAGUCACAUGUAUAUGGGAGUAAAGAUCAUGCUGCUUAUACUAUGCACGGAAACUGGAACGAUGAUUUCUCGCAAUAAGCUGCUUUCUGGUGUCCAUGUAAACGUAGGCAUUGAUUAAACUACUGGAGUCUUGAUUGCUUUUAUGCUGCCUUAAUGUGUUUUUUUUUUUUUUUUUUAGCUUCAAAGUUUUGGUCAGGAUGAGUAAAUGAUGAGAGAAUUUUCAUUGUUGGGUGAACAGAUCCUUUAAUAAAUAAAGAAUGGAUGUGUGGGGAAUUCUAUCAAUCCAUCCAUGCCAACUGAUUUCUUGAUAUCCUCUUGACACUGAGUGACGUAUGGAUGAUGAUGCUUUGCUGCUAUAGGUCGAGAGAAGCUGAAAGUAAAAAGGUAGUUCUAUUCGCGCAGGAUGUGCAUGCAAAUGCAUGUUAGAAAGAGGAACUACAAACUAAGAAAGAAACUGCUUCGUAUGUAGAUCUGUACUGAUUUGCGGAUUCCUUUUAGCAGAAAGACGCACAACCGACCCUGAUUCAAAGCGGAUGAACAGAUGUUUAGGGUCUGAUUGACUGUUUAUGUGUAGAUCAAAGUUAAUACGCAAAGAUUGCAUCAAAAUAUCAAUAUCUUUGACAGGCGUCACUUGCGUGUCAAGUUUGUAACCUACAUAUUACAAACCAGGGAUAAACUUCCUGGAGCCUGAGUUACCGCAAUACAGGUAAUCUUUCACUGAGUUAUGGAGGGCAUGAAUUUGGGUGUGGGAACCCUUAAUGAGGCAGUAUUAAACAGACUCGGUUACAUGCUGGAUAAUUUAAAGUGUGGUUGGAAACAGCUGGCAAAGGCAGUAGCCGAGCAACCACAGUUCUCUUGUAGUGACAGAGAUUUGACUGAAUGCUCACUCAAAGUGUUAAGUGCUAAUGGCAGCCCUGGCCGAUACCUCCUUGCCCUCCUUGCCGAUAGAGGGUGUACCCUGGAUUUCCUGCUUCAGUGCCUAAGGAAAAUUGAGCACAGAGAAGCUGUUGGAUUUCUCACUACACAAGUGAUGGAACAAAUUGCCAUCACAAUGCAGCCACAGAGUCAGCGGGUACCAGAGGGAAGUCCUGUGAUUCUGAGCUGCAAGGCAGUUGGACCUCUGGAGCUCACCUACCAGUGGUUCAAGGGCAAAGAUGAGGUUCCUGGAGGCAACGUCCCAGAGCUGCUGCUGAAUUGUGUAGGUUCAGCUCAGCAGGGGCACUACAUCUGUCGUGUAAGUUUUGGAGACAAGUUUGUCUUCUCGAAAUGGGCCCAUGUACGUCUACUGAGGUCUGGAGGUGCAAGUGCAGGCCCCAGUGGUAGCUACUUCCCAUCGUCAUCUAGUGGGUUAUAUAUAUCUCAGCAUCCCAGGGCUCAGGCAUUGGUGGAGGGAGACACUCUAUAUCUUGAAUGUGCUGCUCAGGCCAACCCGCCACCACAGUUCCAGUGGUAUCAUAACAGACAGCCAAUGCCAAAGUCCACAAGAAGCUUCUUGAAGAUUCCAUGCAUAACCACAGCUGACAGAGGUACAUACACUUGUAGGGUUUACAACCUUUAUCAUGAAAUGUGGAGCGAUCAGGUCCAAGUUAACAUAGGUCCUGGUUCCUUUUCUGAUGUCUCAUGGGAAACGACUGAAGUAGAUACACCUGAUGCACCUCCAAAGCAAAUGGGUGAUUUUUGCGCCACUGAUAAGGUAGCGUUGCUUAUGGGGAAUAUGAACUACCAGCAUCACCGACAGCUGAGAGCACCCAUGGCGGAUGUGCAUGAGUUGACAAACCUUCUACGCCAGCUAGACUUUAAAGUUGUCUCUCUGCUGGACCUCAACUGGCAGGAGAUGCACAGUGCUGUUACUGAGUUCCUGUUGCUGUUGGAUCGAGGUGUUUAUGGGUUGUUGUAUUUUGCUGGUCAUGGCUAUGAAAACUAUGGGAACAGUUUCAUGGUACCCAUUGAUGCUCCAGCCUCUCAUACCUCAAAGCACUGUGUCUGUGUGCAGGACGUGUUACAGCGCAUGCAAGAACGUGAGACAGGACUUAACGUCUUUCUGCUGGACAUGUGUCGCAAACGAAACCCAAAUGAUGACAGCAUCACACAGACUGGCCCAUUGAAAGUUACCGCAAAUAUAGUGUUUGGCUAUGCAACGUGUGUUGAUGCCGAAGCAUUUGAAGUAAACAAAGAAGACCUCUCUAACGGAAUUUUUAUGAGCUACCUCAAGAAGAGACUGAUGGAUCCAGAGAAGGUCACGGUCUUACUUGACAAAGUAGCAGAAGACAUGGGAAAAUGUGAAAUCACUCGAGGCCGGCAGGCGUUGGAACUGCGCAGUAAUCUUUCUGAGCGCCGUGCUUUGACUGACCGCAUACAAGCCCCAGCCUGCCCCAUAACAGCAUCAACACGCAAUUUACAGUGGGCUAUUGCACAUGUCCUCCCAGACAGCCGCUGUCUUGAGUUUAAAAGUGGCGUGAAGGUACAGCUGGGUUUUGCUGCAGAGUUCUCCAAUAUCAUGAUAAUCUACACUCGGAUAUUGGAAACACCUAAAGACAUUGAGUCUUGCUCUGCCCAACUCGCUGACUUCGCAGAGGGCCCUGAAGUAGACCUGAAGCACAGCAAUCAGGAGAGUCUCCAGGAGGCUGGCAGUUUACUACUUACCAUGGAUGAUCUACAGCUUCUGGAACAGCCUCAGCUCUUCACUCGUAUUAGUGCCUUGCAAAGGCUCAAGAUGGAGCUCUCAUUUACUGUGUGUCUACACUACAAGUACACUAACCUGGAUGAAGAGUUAGUGGAGGAGCAAAAAGUGUCCAUAGGCAAACCUCUUGUUUCAAAACUUAACCUCCACGAGCCAAGACUCCCCCGUGCUUUCUCAGCAUCUUCCUCAUUAGACCUACAAAUGUCAAGUAUACUGGAGUCUUCAUCCUUCAGCGAAGACUUCAAAGCUAACCUGUCUGGCUCAGACCCUUCCUCAAUUGGAUCUGCCUCCACAACUUGGUCUUAUUAUCAGAGGCCCAGUGAAUCACUCUUAAGAUCUGACUUAAAGAAUGAACCUGAGGAAAGCAUAAGCCCAGAGUUCCUUGAGUCCGAAGAACCUCCUGCCAUCAAGAGUUUGCCUAGUGCUGCUUCUGAGGAGCUCCCAUUUAAAUUUAGCAACUUACCCAAUUCCAUUUAGUGGGAAAGUGUUCCAAUUCAAAGCUGUACAAAAGUGUUACAAACUUUAUAAAAUGCAACAGUGCUACUUUUUCUUUAGAUCAAUACCUGUCUGCCUAAGGUUGCUAACAUUUCAUCAUGAAAAUAUGGGAUACUUGAGGAUUUUAAGUGCUUCAGAGUGGGAUUUUUUUUGCCAUCAGACUAGGGGGUGGUCCCCCUUGAGCAUUAGAAAUGGGACUAUGGGGGGCCUGGGUAGCUCAGCGAGUAUUGACGCUGACUACCAUGCCGGGAGUUGUGAGCUCGAAUCCAGGGCAUGCUGAGUGACUCCAGCCAGGUCUUCUAAGCAACCAAAUUGGCCCAGUUGCUAGGGAGGGUAGAGUAACAUGGGAUAACCUCCUCGUGUUCGCUAUAAUGUGUGGUUCUCACUCUCGGUAGGGCACGUGGUGAGUUGUGCGUGGAUGCCGCGGAGAAUAGCGUGAAGCCUCCACACGCGCUACGUCUCCGCGGUAAUGCGCUCAACAAGCCAUGUGAUAUGAUGCGUGGAUUGACGGUCUCAGACACGGAGGCAACUGAGAUUCGUCCUCCGUCACCCGGAUUGGGGCGAGUCACUAGGCCACCACGAGGACUUAGAGCGCAUUUGGAAUUGGGCAUUCCAAAUUGAAAAAAAAAAAAAGCAAAAAAAAAAGGGGACAAUAGGACGUCUUCAUUUUGGCCAAAAUAUGGGAUAUCCUGGCUAAUACGGGACACUUGGCAACCUUGUUUGAAGAUCUGUAUUUUAAAAUAAAACUGAGAAAAUUGGUGUA